CAAAGCAAAUAAGUAUUUAAAGAUAAAUAGCUAACUUAUGGGCCCAUUUUGGUAGCGUACCUUUUCUUUCUUUACUACAGCCUGGCUGGCAAUGGGAAACAAUGAGGAUUGUAGUCUUUUCAAGCCACAACAGACGCUACUCCGUAAUGUGCGGGACGGCCUGCUUGAACUACAUUUCCCAGAACCUCUUUGGUUUAGCCGUUUGACAAGCGACAUACGUUUCUUGUCUUUCAUACGAGGACCUGUGGUGGAUCUUUCAUCGCGGGGUAUGCAAAAGCUGGAUCCUAGUUUCACCUGCUCUGAGGACACUCACACUCUCAUCCUGGACCGUAACCACAUAAUGAAACUGGACCAUCUUGAAAGGAGCCCAGGCCUUCAGCAGCUAUCUGUAGCCAGUAACCGUCUGGUGAGAAUGAUGGGCGUGUCUCGCUUAACAGAGUUGAGAGUCCUCAAUCUUCCCAAUAACAGUAUUGGAUACAUCGAGGGGCUAAGAGAUCUAACACAUCUCAAAUGGCUCAACCUGUCUGGGAACAACAUUAAGGUCAUUGAGCAACUCAACAACUGUGUUUCCCUUCAACACCUGGAUCUAUCUGACAAUAACAUAUCUACUAUUGGUGAUCUGACUAAACUGGUGGCAUUAAAGACACUGUUACUCCACGGAAACAGCAUUACAACACUUCGUACUGUUCCCGCUCACCUACCUGCCCAUUUAUCUAUUCUCUCCCUGGCAGAAAACGAGAUAAGGGAUCUUAAUGAAAUGUCAUACUUGGCACCUCUCCAUGACCUGGAGCAGUUGUCCAUUAUGAGCAACCCUUGUGUUUUGGCAACCCCCUCGUUGCCAGGUUUUGAUUAUCGGCCAUAUAUCACGAGUUGGUGCCUGAGUCUAAAGGUCCUGGAUGGCUAUGUGGUGUCACAGAAAGAAGGUCUCAAAGCAGAGUGGCUCUACAGUCAGGGGAAAGGACGCUCAUAUCGACCAGGUCAGCAUGUUCAGCUGGUUCAGUACCUGGCCACUGUUUGCCCUCUGACGUCAUCACCAGCCCUGGAGACAGCAGAAGAUGCCAAACUGGAGAAGAUCCUCAGUAAGCAGAGGUUUCACCAGAGGCAGCUUUUAGAGGAGACCCGGGGAGGCUGUCCUAGUCCUCCUCGUCCAACUCAACUUGAUGUGGAGAGGCACAGUCCUUUACAUGCUGUCCCACAGGGGGGAGCCAGAGAGGCGAAGAAAGUCAGUGCUCCUGCACCAGCUGCUUCUCCAUCAGUCCGGGAGAUGGAGCCAAUUGUGCAGUUUAACACCUGGGUGAGCUGUGAUUCUUCCCACCCAUCACUGCCUGUAGUGCGCAGCCCAAGGCUCGUAGAUGAGCACAUCUAUUUGGAGGAUGCGCAGACAGAUGAGGACAAACUCAAUGGCAGCAUGCUGUCCUCAGAGUCCACCUUUAUCCCCUUCACCUCUGAUCUGGAGCCACAAACGACCCACUCUGACAGCGAGGAUGAGACCGAGACAUUUGAACCUGAUUCCCUGGCUCCAAAGCGGCCAGCACAGCCCAAAAAGCACAACACAAGCAAGACACAUCAUUCGCCCCCAGUGGAUAAGCAAGAGAGGGGUCAUGAGGAAAUUAUUAUUUCUGGUGCAGCCACAACAGCUGGAACAAUGAGGGUCAGAGUUAGCACACCACAAAAUGAUCUGGAAACAUCUUCUGACUCUGGUAGAGCAGAGAUGAAAGAAGCCCCCAAGCAGGAAGAAGUUGCUAUGUGUGCCAGUGAAUCAGGUUUGAUGGAAGCAGACAGGGCAGCGGUUAAAAUACAGUCAUGGUGGAGGGGACAGCACACUCGGUGUUGUCACCCCAUGGCCAGAGAAGUACGAAGUGAAAUCCGCCUACACAGGAUGCAAGAACACAUCCUCUUCCUGUCUGAAAAAUUCGACAGGAUGCAGCAGCAGUAUGAAGAAGAAAGGUUACAAAGGCUGGUUCAGGAGGAAGCUGUAAAGUUUCUCUGGAAACAGCUCCAGUCGAUGCAGCAGUGGAAACAGUCUGUGGAGCAGCAGCUGGCCUGUAUUGCUCAGCCCGUCGCCCCGGUCCAGAUCUCAGCUCCUGGACUAUGUGAGGCUGCCCUGCCUGUUGCAUCCAGCACGACGAACCCUCCCAGCACGACGAACCUUCCCAGCACCGACGUCUCCUUCCCUGACUCUGGCUUCCAGUCAACAAGUGAUCAACAGGCAGCGCAGGAGGACAGCUUCCUGAGCAGUGGGACCACAGACUCUAUGAAGACGGUGAGAGCACUAAGCCCUGUUCGUAGCGGCUUUGCUGGUGGUAGCAAUGGUGCGGACAGCGCAGACUGCAGCCUGCUGGAGCAGUACCUCUCCUCUGUACAGCAGCGGGAGGAGGAGGCUGAGGAGGUUGUCAGUGAUAGAACAGAAACGCCACUGCUCUCCUCACCAAUAUCCCUCAGCAAAUCAGCACAGUCAAAUUCCCCUCCGCAGAACGCAGCAGAUAACCAAUCAGAAGUGCAAAGAACAGAGGAAACCAUUCCUGGCCCUGUCUGAGAGUCACCUGAGAGACCCCUGUACAGAACUACUGAGUGUAAACUGGCACUGACUAUAGGAUCAAUCUGCACUGCUUCCUCUUGAGACUUUUGGUAUGUCUGACUACUGCACUCUUAUUGAUUACUGACCCAGAUCUCAAAUGGCUGUGCACUUACCUUAGUUUAUCAAGACUAAACCCAGGACGGGCUUAAAAACAAUACCUUACUGUGAAUGUAACAAGAUUUUUUAUACUUCCACUACUUGGAUCUGUUCUGUUAUUUAAUGGACAUUUUCUGCCCAGUGUAAAGACGAUGAUUGUGAUGUAGCUUCAGAAGGUAUUGAUAGCAAGCAAUUGUUUUAUGAGGAAAUACAGUGAGUAGGUUGCUACCUCUACUGAUUAAAAGACCAGGCAUGAUAUAACCUGUUCUCUUCUAUAUCUAUCAGUAUCCACUGCACUGAAUAUAUGUGAUAAACUACAAGUAAUCCCAUUAGGAGUGUGUGUUUAACCAUAGUGAACUUGUAACCACAGACAUACUAUACAUGAAACAACAAGCAUACUAUCUAUUAUCACAUAGUAGUAAUAGCUCAAUUGUUUUGAUCAACUUUACAUUACCUGAAAAUGUUGUAGCAUCUUUAUCUUCUUAAAACAUGCAAAUAAAUCUGCAAUUAUUGUUUUCCAA